UGUUCCCACCGAGAGGGAGGGAGGGGGUGCCCUGGGCUAGUCCGGGGAUUGGCAGGGGCCGAGGGCUCCUUCCGCCGGAGUGGGCCAGCCUCUGGGGUCCCCCUUCCUCUGCCUCUGCCUGGGGGCCAUGGAGGUCUUCAUCCCCUCCUUCCGCUACGAGGAGAGCGAGCUGGAGAGGGGCUACACGGUCUUUAAAAUAGAGGUACUAACAAAUGGAAGAAAACACUUUGUUGAAAAGAGGUAUAGUGAAUUUCAUGCUCUCCAUAAAAAGCUUAAGAAAUUCAUGAGAACUCCAGAAAUCCCUUCAAAACAUGUGAGGAACUGGGUGCCCAAAGUACUGGAACAACGUCGUCAAGGCUUGGAAGUUUAUUUACAGAGUAUUAUUUCAGAUAAUGAAGAGCUUCCCAAAAUUUUUCUUGACUUCCUCAACGUUCGUCAUUUUCCUUCUCUCCCAAAAGCAGAAAGUUGCGGUUCUUUUGAAGAAACAGAAUCAGAAGAAUCAAGCAAACUGUCCCACCAGCCUGUGCUCCUGUUCCUAAGGGAUCUAUAUGUCUUGCCUGCAGCCAAUGAUGACUUUACAAAUGUAGUUAUUGAAGGUGUUCUUCGUGGAUUGUUUUAUUCUCACCUACAACCCAGGUAGAAAAUGGCUUUCGACAUACAGUAACUAAAGUACAUUCAAAUACUUAGUAAAAUUCAAAACAGUGGGCUCUGGCAACGUGUUUAAUGACGGAACAUUUACUCUUUUAAAAUCAGUGUGUCACUAAUAUUGCUGCUUUAAAAAAAUGAAGAAAAUGGCAACUCUGCUGAAUUUAUCUACUGAACUCUAAAUAUUUAAACCAUGAAACCAGUGACAGUCAUGUACUAAGUACUACAUAAAUAACUUUCAUCAUAUAUUUUAUUUUUAUUUUGGUAAUAAAAUGAUUACACUAAGCCUUUUUUUAGUGUAGCAUCUACUGCUGGCAGUGGGUGCCCAGGACAUUUUAGCAUGUGCAAGACUGAAAAAUGUAAAUGUUAAGGGAAAAAACUGCCAAAACUGGAAAUGUAAUAUAAGCUUAUUGUAUCACUAUUUCUGGUGUCACAUUAUGUCUGCAUUAUCAGGAAUGGAGGAAAAUAUUUUUAUGCCUGAAACUGGGUUCAUAUAUAGCUUUAAUUUACUUCAGAAUUCUGGCCACAAUCCUUGUGCUUCCAGUUAACACCAUAUGCUUCUUUAGCAUCACAUCCCCACUGUUAACAUCCACUGUUCUAGAACAGAAAACAAGUAAUGUGGUUUUAAAAACAAUCUAAUCAUUUCUCAGAGAUCAACUGUCUAAAUGAAACUAAGCAUAUGGGCCAGAAUCCAGUUGGGGAGUUACAUCUUCGUAAGUGAACUGACAUAUGUGGGAUUUAGAACUGAAUUAGAAUUAACAUCCAUAUCCACUAGAGCAAUGGUUCCCAACCUUUGGUCCUUCAAAUGUUUGGACUUCUGCUCCCAUAAUUCCUAUUAGCCACGUUAGCUGAGGCUUCUUGGAUCUGAAGUCCUAAACAAAUGGAGGAGCAAAGGUUGGGAACCACUGCACUAGAGGGCUACUGUUAUGUUCCUAUGCAGCAGAGCCAGCAAAGUGACCAGUGUGCAAUAGGACUGAUGCACAAGGAGCCUGAUCCACAAGAUGCGCAUCACAUCGGUCCCAAUGCCCAUCAGGUACCACUGCACAUUGGGCACUCUUGUAUCUUCACAAUUCACUAACAGGGUUUCUUAGCAUUUCUGCUAUGUAGCAAAGUAUAUGUAAAGUUAUAUAACGUAGAUGCUGAUACAGGAUUUCAGCAAUACUGUAUAAGAUGUUAGAACCCAAAAUAAAACAGUAACAAUAACAA